UCCCAGGAGCAGUAGAAGUAGACUCAGCAGGUUCCUAGCACUGAUAGCUCGUUCUCUGCAAUCAGCUUGAAGAAGUUACUGAAGAAAUGCAGUCCUGCCGUGUGCGUUGUGCCCUGACCCUACUCUCACUGGCCUUGGCUGUCAGCUCCAUCUCCGCUGCACCUACAGACCCGAGGCUCCGUCAGUUCCUGCAGAAAUCACUGGCAGCAGCAGGGAAACAGGAGUUGGCUAAGUACUUUCUGGCAGAAUUGUUAUCAGAACCAUCCCAGACAGACAAUGAAGCCUUGGAAUCAGAUGACCUGCCCAGAGGUGCUGAGCAAGAUGAAGUAAGGUUGGAUCUAGAAAGAUCUGCAAACUCCAGUCCAGCUCUGGCGCCCAGAGAACGCAAAGCUGGAUGCAAGAACUUCUUCUGGAAAACAUUCACAUCUUGUUAGCCUCCACCUGCCAAACUACCUUCUAGUCCUUUAUUUUCCUACUCCUUAAAUCCCAAAUAAAGCCUUUGCCACACAAGCCGAAGACUGUAAAUACCACACACAGUUAUGGUGAAUAAAAAUGUUAAUUUGGAGUUGUUUAAUAAAACUUUUAGUUGAAAUUGUAAAUAA